CAGUUCUCUACAUCGUGUGCGGUUUUCGUCUAAAAGUACAAUUAUAUGUGUUAGGACUAUAAUAACUUUUUAACACCUAUUAAUAAAUCUUUAACAUGAAAAUUGUAUGUAACAGAGCUAAGCCACCAUUCGGUGGUGUGCUUGCCGCAGAAUUUUUUAAAGCAGCUGGCAAAAAAAUAGACAUUGAAUGGGGCACUGUAUCUUUUGUUAAGUAUGAAAGAGAAGACUCGAAUUUCACCAAAUCUAUUCUAUUUUCAACAAGCAAUGAUUUGAUAAGAAUGCUCGACAGUGCAUUCAAUAAAUCAACGGACCCUGUGCAGAAAGUAACAUUGAACCAUUGGCUUUCUUUUAGCCUUGUUAUAGAAGACGAUAUUCCAAAAUCAAUUAUAUAUCUUGAUAGGAUUCUCGGUCCACAAACUUACUUAGUUGGUGAAUCGUUAACAUUGGCUGAUUUGUCUAUAUUUAGUGUUUUAUAUGAAUCUGCAGCAUUUCAUAUAAUACCAGAUAGUGUUCCUCUACCUAACAUAAAGCGUUGGAUGAAUCUUGUUAAAGCUCAAGCACCUGUUGUUAAAGCUCUAAAAGAUAUGCCCGAAGAUGUCCUAAAAAUUAUAUCUAUGGCAAGCUCGAGGAAAUUACAGCCAGUUGUCAAAGCACCAGCAUCGUCAAACAAGCAAGAAGGCAAAUUUGUUGAACUGCCACAUGCAGAAAUGGGCAAAGUUGUUGUACGUUUCCCGCCUGAGGCAUCAGGGUAUCUUCAUAUUGGUCAUGCGAAAGCUGCUUUGCUCAAUCAGUAUUACCAGCAAGCUUUUGAAGGGAAAUUAAUUAUGAGAUUUGACGAUACAAAUCCGGCUAAGGAGAACGCUGAAUUCGAAAAGGUCAUCCUCGAAGAUGUUGAGAUGCUAGAAAUAAAGCCAGAUAUGUACACGCACACGUCAGAAUACUUCGAUAUGAUGAUACAAUACUGUGGAAACCUUAUCAAGGAAGGUAAAGCGUUCGUCGAUAACACACCCCCGGAGCAGAUGAAGAUGGAAAGAGAGCAGAAGAUUGAGAGCCGAAACAGAAACAAUUCGGUUGAGGAGAAUCUGCGUCUAUGGCGGAAGAUGUUGUAUGGUACUCCAGUGGGAGUACAGAACUGCGUCCGAGCGAAGAUUGAUAUGCAGUCAACUAACGGCUGUAUGCGUGACCCUACUAUCUACAGAUGCAAACCUGAACCUCAUCCACGGACCGGUACCAAUUACAAGGUAUAUCCAACGUACGACUUCGCGUGUCCGAUUGUGGAUUCAGUGGAGGGCGUGACGCAUGUGCUGAGGACAAUGGAAUACCACGAUCGAGACCCUCAAUUCUACUGGUUUAUAGAUGCUUUGAAGCUGAGAAAACCAUACAUAUGGGAGUACAGUAGAUUGAGCAUGACAAACACUGUGUUAUCGAAGAGGAAACUUACUUGGUUCGUUGAGCAAGGACAUGUAGAUGGCUGGGACGACCCGCGCAUGCCGACGGUGCGCGGCGUGCUGCGGCGCGGGCUGUCCGUGGAGGCGCUGCGGCAGUUCAUCCGCGCGCAGGGCUCCAGCCGCUCCGUCGUCUUCAUGGAGUGGGACAAGAUCUGGGCCAUCAACAAGAAGGUGAUAGACCCGAUAGCUCCUCGCUACACUGCUCUGGAAAUGAAUCCAGUGCCUGUGAAUCUUAGUGGACUUAGUGAAGACAGUAGUUUGGUUGUAGCGUUACAUCCCAAGAACCCACUUGUUGGUACUAAAACACUCACGGUAACAAAAAGACUCCUCAUCGACCAAGUCGAUGCAAAGACAUUGAAGGAAGGAGAGAAUGCUACGUUUAUUAACUUUGGAAAUGUUAUGAUUGACAAAAUUCACAAGGCACCAGACGGUACUGUGACAAGUAUAGAUGGAACAACGAACCUCGAGAACAAAGAUUAUAAGAAAACAAUUAAAGUGACCUGGCUCGCUGAUACACCAAGGUCUGAUGUGGUCGAGACAUACUGCGUGUAUUUCGACCAUAUCAUAUCAAAACCAUUACUCGGCAAGGACGAAGACUUCAAGCAGUACAUUGGUCAUCCAACUAGGUGGGAGGUCCAAAUGAUUGGCGAGCCGUCGAUGAGCCAGCUGAGGGUGGGCGACGUGAUCCAACUGCAGCGUCGCGGGUUUUUCCGGGUGGAUGUGGCCCCCGCACCCCCCUCCCAGCACACCGGACGCGCCACCCCGCUCGUGUUGUUCCACGUGCCCGACGGACACACCAAGGAAAUGCCAGGGCAGCCAAAAUCCGCUCAAGCAACAAAAACAAAGCAAGUCACAGAAGCUAUUAGUAAAACGAACGAAGUGGACAAGUUAAUCAACGAUAUAGCCAAGCAGGGUGAUGUUGUUCGAGGGCUGAAAGCUGCGAAAUCUGAAAAAGUACAGAUCGAUACAGCCGUGAAGGUAUUAUUGGACCUUAAAGCGAAGUACAAAGCAGCUACGGGUCAGGACUGGACACCAGGCGCAGCGACUGUACCUAUAACGUCAGCAGCGCCCUCAGCUGCACCCUCAGGUGAUGAGUCUUCGUUGAACGAAGAAAUAACCAAGCAAGGGGAUCUGGUGCGUUCGCUGAAAUCUGCCAAGGCCGAAAAGGCUAAGAUCGAUGAAGCUGUCAAACUAUUACUGGAUUUAAAAGCCAAGUUUAAGGCAGCCACUGGCCGAGAUUGGAAGCCGGGUACAACCACAGCGCCUGCUCCGGGUUCACACUCAGCACCCGCUUCGGCCGCAGCGCCCUCUCAAAACGCCGAGACAAUCAACAAAGACAUAAUCGAACAGGGUGACUUAGUACGUUCACUAAAAGCAAGCAAAGCUGAAAAGGCCAAGAUCGAUGAAGCUGUAAAAGCCUUGUUGAAUUUGAAAGCUAACUACAAGGCGGCGACCGGACAGGAUUGGAAGCCUGGAGCGGCACCAGCAACAACUGACGCUACAACCAAAGAAGCGAACAAGGCUGCUGCAGUGCAGGAUAAAAAGCCGAAAAGUCAAACUCCGGUUUCCCAAGAGAGUGACGAUUCCAAAGUUGCGCUCCUCUUGGUUCAGAUCGCAGCCCAAGGGGAUAAAGUGAGGAGAAUCAAAGCUGAGAAGGCGGACAAAGGGGUCAUUGAUGUUGAGGUGAAAAAUCUAUUGAAUCUGAAAGCUCAAUUUAAGGCCAUCACUGGCACCGAUUGGACACCCAAAACGGGCGUCUGGGUUGCUCCGACGCAGGAUUCCAACAAGAAAACCGUCGAGAACAGCGCCGCUGCGACGAUGGGCGGUAACGGGGAUGACAUAGCAAGUGAAGUGACGAAGCAAGGAGACCUCGUUAGAGAACUCAAAGGGAAGAAAGCGGACAAGGCUACAAUCGACGCCGAAGUGAAGAAACUUCUAGAAUUAAAGGCGAAGUUCCAAGCGGUGACCGGCGCCCCCUACACCGCGCCCGCGCAGCCCAGAGACACCAAGCAGAAGGAGAAAAAGGAGAAGCCGAAAGAAGUGAAAAAGGAGACCAAACCUAAGGAGCAGGCAUCAAAGCCGGCUAAGGAAGAGUCGUCGUCUGGCGUCAAGAAGGUCACCCGUCUCGGGUUAGAAGCGAGCAAGGAAACAGACCUGCCGGAGUGGUAUUCACAAGUCAUCACUAAAUCGGAAAUGAUUGACUAUUACGACAUAUCCGGUUGCUACAUCCUGAGGCCGUGGUCGUACAGUAUCUGGGACGUCAUUAAAAAUUUCCUCAGCGCUCACUUCAAGAAGUUGGGCGUUAAAGACGGAUACUUCCCUAUAUUCGUAUCAAAGGCGGCGCUGGAGCGCGAGAAGGCGCACAUCGCGGACUUCGCGCCGGAGGUGGCGUGGGUCACGCACUCGGGCUCGUCCGAGCUGGCCGAGCACAUCGCCGUGCGGCCCACCUCCGAGACCGUCAUGUACCCCGCCUACGCGCGCUGGAUACAGAGCCACCGCGACCUGCCCUGCAAGCUCAACCAGUGGAACAACGUCGUGAGAUGGGAGUUCAAGCAGCCGCAGCCGUUCCUGCGCACGCGCGAGUUCCUGUGGCAGGAGGGGCACACCGCCUUCAGGGACCAGGAAGAGGCCGCGGAGGAAGUGCUGCAGAUACUCGAUCUGUACGCGCGCGUGUACGAAGAGCUGCUAGCGAUCCCCGUCAUCAAGGGACGCAAGACUGAGAAGGAAAAGUUCGCGGGUGGCGACUACACCACCACUGUGGAGGCGUACAUACCCGCCAGUGGCAGGGGGAUACAGGGCGCAACUAGUCACCACCUCGGACAGAACUUCUCAAAGAUGUUCGAGAUUGUCUACGACGAUCCCGAAACACAGGAAAAGAAAUAUGUGUUCCAGAACUCCUGGGGACUCACGACAAGAACAAUUGGCGUGAUGGUCCUCGUGCACGGAGACGACCGCGGCCUGGUGCUGCCGCCGCGCGUGGCCGACAUCCAGGUGGUGGUGGUGCCGUGCGGCAUCACCGCCGCCAGCUCGCCGGCCGAGCGUCGCGCGCUCACCGACGCCUGCCAGCUGCUGGUGGACGAGCUGGUGGCGGCCGGCCUGCGCGCCGAGGGCGACUACCGCGACAACUACUCGCCCGGCUGGAAGUUCAACCACUGGGAGCUCAAAGGCGUGCCCAUCCGAGUGGAGCUGGGCCCCAAGGACCUGGCGAAGGGCUCGGUGGUGGCGGUGCGGCGCGUGGCGACGGACAAGCUGUCCAUCCCGCGGGCGGACGCGCCCGCCCGCCUGCGCGCUCUGCUCGAACAGACGCACGACGAGAUGCUGGCCAAAGCAACAAAGGAACGCGACGAACGAUUAUCAUUUGUGACUAAAUGGGACGACUUCACAAACGCUUUGGAGAGGAAACAUAUGCUUCUGUCGCCAUUCUGCGGUGAAAUACCAUGCGAGGAUAACAUUAAGAAUGAUAGUGCCAGGAAUGAUGAUGACCAAACAUCAGAAGUGAAGGGUCCUGCUAUGGGAGCGAAGUCCCUUUGCAUUCCCUUCGAGCCACCGCGUCAACUCACAGCUGAAGACCGAUGCAUUCACCCAGCGUGCAAUAAUAAACCCAAAUUUAUAACACUCUUCGGUCGAAGCUAUUAAAUUAUUAACAUUUAUGCAAAAUAAAUUAUUCAUAUAAAUGGU